GUCUGCAGCAACGACAAGGCACAGACGCACUCAGUCCACUUUGACCCACUGACUGCGGCUCCAAGAGUUAUUUUUGACCGGGUCAUCCAACUACAUCCAGUAUCAGCCAAGAUAGGACCAGACACAGCGAGUGCACUUGUUUCUCACUGAUUCGUGCGCUUGACUUUGGACAGACCUCACACUCUACAGCAGCAGCAGAAGCAGCAGCAAACAUGUCCCGUUUAGUUGCUCGUCUUGCCGUUGCGGUUUCCCAGCGCGCAACAGUCGCCAAAUCCGGGAUUUCAUCUUGGAGGAUCCCGAUCCUCUUCCGUCCUGUAUCCACAUGUCAAGGCCUUCGCUCUCUCACCCGCUACAACGAGACCACAGACUGGAAAAAGAAACUCACUCCGGAGCAGUACGUCGUCACCAGAGAGAAAGCGACAGAGGAGCCCUUUAGUGGGAUCUAUCUAAACCAUUGUGAAGUGGGGAUGUACCACUGUGCCUGCUGUGAUAUUCCACUCUUCAGUUCAGAGGCUAAGUAUGACUCAGGGACAGGCUGGCCAGCAUUUAAAGAGGCUCAUGGGACAUGGGGGAGUGAUGAAAGUCAUGCCUCCGUCAUACGUCGCCCUGACAACAGCCUGGGCAGCACCGGGACAGAAGUGCUCUGUAAAAAUUGUGACGCCCACCUGGGACACGUGUUUGAAGACGGACCGGAUCCGACAGGUCAGCGGUUCUGCAUCAACAGUGUGGCGCUCACGUUUAAAUCGAAAGACGGACACAAGCCCGAGGAAAACUCUUAAACUACACAGACUUAAGUUAGACCGCGGAGAGCACACUUGCUGUGCAUGUUUCUAAGGAGAGGCAUUGGCUCCAAAGUCAGAGAAUCCAUUCCAGGGUUUUGACUAAAACCAGGUCAGGAGGUUAGAGUUGAAUGCUUAGGGUUUGGUGUAAAGUGAGUCACUCUUCAUUUUGGAAAAAGUAAGACUAUAAAUGUCCUAAUCAUAUCUUACAUGACUCACAUUAACCCAAACUCAAACUGUCGGGUAAUAACAGUGAAAAAAAAGUUUUGUUUUUUUAAAUGGGCAACUUAAUAUAUGACUAAUCAAAAGAUGUGAAAUUGAUUUGUCUUCAUGUCUGAGAAAAUGUCUCUGAAUUAUUUUUUUUAAAUCUACUUUACUUCCUUGUAUAUUACACACAUUAUUAUAGACAUUUUAUUCCAAUGUUUUGUGUUUUAUUAAUAAUUCAAAUUCAUCGUUUCUUUUUCAAUACGUGGACAUUUUGUAAUUCUUUAAAAUUGAUUUACUGUUUAGCAAGACCACUAUGAAGCUCAAUAUUGAAAUAAAUAAACAAGAACUCAACACUGCCCUCUGCUGUCCAGUGACCAACAUUGUAGUAUGACCUAAUUUCUCAGAGAAAGGUAAUAUUUAACCUUUACACACUGUUUGGGUGAAAUUUGACCUGUUUUUACACUUGACAGGAAUAAAAACAACAACUCAGCUCAA